AUGGCUGUAUUUGAUGUCACCAGUGGAGCCAAUGAACUGAAUGAAAUUCAUCAAUAUGAGAUGGGAAGAUACAUUAGCAGCAAUGAAGCAGUGUGGAGAAUACUCAACUUUCCAAUCCACGAACGUCAUCCCACAGUCGUUCAUCUAAGCGUCCACCUUGAAAAUGGCCAGAGAGUGUACUUCACUGAAGAAAAUGCUGCUGAACGGGUCCAGGCACCCCAGGAAACAACGCUCACAUCUUUCUUCAAGCUGUGCACCCAAGAUAACUUUGCUCGCAAUUUACUUUACAACCAAAUUCCAAAGUACUACACAUGGAACAGCAGGAACAAGAGUUGGAACCGCCGUAAACAAGGACAAAUUGUUCCAGAAGAAACAGGAAUCCGGUCUACUGAUGCUCUUGGCCGUGUCUACACCGUCCAUCCCAACAACUCCGAAUGCUUCCACCUUCGCCUAUUACUACAUGAAGUUAGAGGCCCAACAUCAUUCACGGAUUUGAGAACCGUUCAAGGAAGAGUCUGCAACACUUUCAAAGAGGCCUGCCAACUUCAAGGACUUCUGGAGAAUGACGAACACUGGAACACGGCGUUAGAAGAAGCAGCUGCAUCUCGAUCACCCAAGAUGAUGCGUAAUCUGUUUGCUGUAAUGCUUCAAACGUGCUCCAUGUCGGGCCCUGAACAGUUAUGGAUGAACCACAGGGAGAACCUGUCUGAAGACAUACUGCAUCAAGCCAGGAUCCAGCAGCAGAAUAUGGACCUGGACUACAAUGACGACAUCUUUAACAGAGCCCUAAUCUACAUUGAGAACAAGAUAAUAUCUCUAGGAAGAUUGAACCUGAAAAGCUUUGGACUUCCCCAACCUAACAGAAACAGCGAUUCUGCCAUUUCCAGUGAAGUAAUUAGAGAACGAAGUUAUAACAUGGAUGUGCUCGCAGCUUAUAUACAGGAGAAUGAGCCUAAAUUGGUCCAAGAUCAAAAAGAAGCCUUUGACAAGAUUACUAGAGCAGUUUUUGAUAGGCAAAGGGGUAUAUUCUUUUUGGAUGCUCCAGGCGGAACCGGGAAGAGACGUUUCUUAUCAACCUUAUUUUGGCAAAGGUGCGGCACAGAAAUGAGAUUGCUCUGGCUGUCGCUUCAUCCGGCAUUGCUGCUACACUCUUGA